UCUCUCUCUGAAGAGAAGUCGAAGAAUUGUCGAAAGACACAAGAAAUUGAGGUUCCUGAUUCGAGUGCAAGAGGUUGAGUCAUGGCGGAACGAGGGGGUGAGAGAGGUGGGUUCGGAAGGGGAUUCGGCCGAGGUGACAGAGGCGAUAGGGGAGGUAGAGGUGACAGGGGAAGAGGCGACAGAGGUCGCGGUCGCCGAGGCCCGAAGAGAGAGGAGGAGGAGAAGUGGGUGCCAGUAACGAAGCUCGGAAGGCUCGUGAAGGAUGGCAAGAUCAAGUCCCUGGAGCAGAUCUAUCUUUUCUCUCUGCCCAUCAAGGAACACCAGAUUGUUGAGUUUUUCCUCGGCCCGGCUCUGAAGGACGAGGUCAUGAAGAUCAUGCCCGUUCAAAAGCAGACCCGUGCUGGACAGAGGACGAGAUUCAAAGCUUUCGUCGUCGUUGGAGACAGCAAUGGACAUGUCGGCUUGGGUGUGAAGUGCAGCAAGGAGGUCGCUACCGCCAUCCGUGGUGCAAUCAUUUUGGCUAAGUUGUCUGUCAUCCCCGUCCGAAGAGGUUACUGGGGUAACAAGAUCGGAAAGCCCCACACAGUACCUUGCAAGGUAACUGGAAAGUGUGGUUCCGUCACAGUGCGUCUGGUCCCUGCCCCCAGAGGUUCUGGAAUCGUUGCUGCCCGUGUUCCCAAGAAGGUUUUGCAGUUCGCCGGUAUUGAUGAUGUGUUCACUUCAUCCCGGGGUUCCACGAAGACUCUCGGAAACUUUGUGAAGGCCACCUUCGAGUGUUUGUUGAAGACCUAUGGAUUUUUGACUCCCGAUUUGUGGAAGGAGACCCGCUUCUCGAAGUCACCCUUCCAGGAAUUCACAGACCUGUUGGCGAAACCCCACAAGAUCAGUGUACUGGAGGAAGUGGACAACACCCCCACUUAUUAAUAUGCCAAACUAGCUUCUCUGUAAUCAACAGUUAUGGACGAGGAGAGGAUAAGGGGAGAUUUUGGAUCUCUGAUUGUAUUUAAAUCCUAUCAGAGUUCUGAAAAUUUUUGAUUCGAGCCUAUACUCUGUCUUCAGUGGGCUGCAAGACAUAUAUCGGAUUCUCUUGUCGAUUGUUGAAUUUGGAUGCAGCGAGGUCGGACAGGUCAAAGCUUAGUGGUAUGUAAUUUGCACGUGUAGUAACAUGGGCAAAGAACUGGUUGAGCAUCAGACGGCAACUGAGCAAGCUGGAUAUGGACAUACAUUAUUUGGAAUCUUUGAAGGUAAAGGUUCCGGAGAGUCUCACAAUUACCACGUAAAGGAAGUUACAAGGAUACACAGAAUCGCCGCUUCUGGGAAGCGAUUACAAAAGCAGAAACUGUAGGUGGCUUGGUUUUUCAUAAGAGGAAUGUCGCCAUUUUGAGAAGGUUGGUUUGUCAUGUGGGAGUCACUUUUGUGGGCUACUAUUGUUGCAUAUACAAAACUGGGCGA